AUGAUCCUACCCAAACGAAACGUCUUUGCUCCACUACGCAACUUUACUCAAAUACGCCACAACACCACCACCUGCAGCAGCAUGACUCAAGUAUCACGAAGGGUGGUGCAAGAGGUGCCUGCUGUGGAGACACCAGAAGGUGCAGGCGCUGUCGUCAGAAGGUCCAUCGGUACGCCUGCUCUGCGCAACCUGAGCCCGUUCCUCAUGCUCGAUCACUUUAGGAUCGGCGAAGGAGCUGGCUUUCCUGAUCAUCCUCAUCGAGGCAUGACCACCGUCACUUACAUGCUCUCGGGUCAAGUUCAGCACGAAGACUUUGCCGGGCAUGCUGGAACCAUUGGCCCAGGCUCUUUGCAAUGGAUGACAGCAGGACGAGGCAUCGUGCACGCAGAGAUGCCUCUGCACCGGGAUCCAAAGACGAACGCUAAGCUGGAAGAUCCGAUCGGACUCCAGCUGUGGAUCGACUUGCCCCAAGAGAUGAAGUCCAGCGAGCCAUUCUACCAAGAAUCCGCCGCAGAGGCCAUCCCAACAGCACUGCCGCGGGCGGAUCAAGCGGUCGAUACGGAAGGCAAAGGUUGGUCCAUCAAGGUCAUUUCCGGCGAAUCGCACGGCGUGCAGAGCAAAGUGCGAACACCGGACAGAGGUCACUGCUGGUACUUUGACGUGCGCCUAAGUCCAGGCGGACGCGUCUUUCAAGAAAUUCCACCAGGCUGGACAGCCUUCAUCUACCACAUGGGUACGGCCAGCGUUCGUAUCGGCUCCGACGCAGCGUCUACUCUGCACCCUCCAUUCACGACGCUCGUAUUGGGAUCGCAAGACGCGACGCAGAAUGGAGCUUGGGUCGAGCACGCUGGUGAUGUGCAAGAAGAAGCCAGAUUCGUCAUCAUUGCUGGCGAGCCGCUCAAACAGAAUGUGGUGCAGCACGGUCCCUUUGUCAUGACUAGCAAAGCCGACAUUUACCAAGCCUUUCAGGAUUAUGCCGGCGGAAAGAACGGGUUCGAGAGGGCCCCUGGUUGGAGAUCCAAGAUUGGAUGA